GGAGAUAAACAUAUGAUGGUGAUAUAGACUUAAUCUGGCACAAAAGGUCACAUGAACAAAGGAAUUUUAUUAGAAAUAAGCCUAGCAUAAGUGCAAAUACUGAGAAGACUUGAAUAACUGGACUAUAAGGCACAGUCAGGGGAGGGGUGUGGAGUAAAAUGGUGGGUUUAGAUUGUAUGCAUUUAUGUAAUAAACCAUAGAUAGACAUUAUAUGAGUAAGCAGAAUGACACAAAAUGAGGCUUUGAAUUUGAAUAUAAUAAUUCUGACUUUCUUCUUACUCUAUUCUCUAAGGUAACUACAGAGGCUCUUUCCUGGAAUGAAUCAAUAAAUGACACAAAUUACUCCAUGGUGACUGAGUUCAUUUUUCUGGGACUCUCCAAUUCUCAGGAAUUCCAGAUAUUCCUACUGGUGUUCUUUUUUAUAUUCUAUGUGGGAAUUGUGUUUGGAAACCUUCUUAUUGUCAUAACUGUGGCUUCUGACUCCCAUCUUCACUCUCCCAUGUACUUUCUUCUGGCUAACCUCUCACUCAUUGACCUAUGUCUGUCUUCCGUCACAGCCCCCAAGAUGAUUGCUGACUUUUUCAGUAAACGCAAAGUCAUCUCUUUCAAGGGUUGCCUUGCUCAGAUAUUUCUCGUUCACUUUUUUGGUGGGAGUGAGUUGGUGAUCCUUAUAGCCAUGGCCUUUGACAGAUAUGUAGCAAUCUGUAAACCUCUUCGCUACUCUACAGUUAUGUGUGACCAUGUAUGUUUUGGCAUUGUGACUGCUGCAUGGGGAACUGGCUUUCUCCAUUCAGUGAGCCAGUUGGCUUUUGCAGUAAACUUACCUUUCUGUGGUCCCAAUGAGGUUGAUAGCUUUUACUGCGACCUACCUAGGGUUAUCAAACUUGCUUGUAUAGACACCUAUAGAUUGGAUGUCAUGGUCAUUGCUAACAGUGGUGUGCUCACUGUGUGUUCUUUUGUUUUCCUAAUCAUCUCCUAUGCUAUCAUCCUAGUAACCAUCCAGCAACGCCCUUCAGACAAGUCGUCCAAGGCUCUGUCCACUCUGACUGCUCACAUCACAGUAGUUCUUUUGUUCUUUGGACCAUGUAUCUUCAUUUAUGCCUGGCCAGUCCCCAUCAAGUCACUAGAUAAAUCCCUUGCUGUGUUUUAUUCUGUGGUCACUCCUCUCUUGAACCCGAUUAUAUACACACUGAGGAACAAAGACAUGAAGACUGCAAUGAGACGACUGAGUAAAUGGAAUGUGAAUUCUAGUGUAAAAUUUUAG